AUGAAACUAGGAAAGGCAAUGGUAUUAAUGGAGCCUUAUCCUGUACUCCAAGGCGACCCAACUUUAAUUUUAUAUGCUGCAUAUUGCAAUUCUAUUAAUUGUUUUAAAUGGCUCUUUUUGAAUGGCGCAAGCUUGAAUGCAAAAGAUAAAUGGGGACAAGACGCAGCCUAUUUCGCCAUUUCCGGCGGAUCAUUGGAAAUAUUACGCAUUCUUGAACAACAAGGGUUUGAAGUAUAUAAUUUGGAACCUUGUAUCGAACAUAGACAGUAUCAUAUUUUUGAUUGGAUAAUUGAACAAAACUUAGAUGAAAAAGGUAGAUAUCAACAUGAUUUAAUAAAUAAUGCUUAUAUUUUUAGUGCAAGAUAUAAUAAUGCAUACACUCUUUGUGAAUGCUUAAAUUAUGGCGCAGAUCCAAUGGCAAAUCUCCAACUGUGGGGAGCUCUGCAUCAAUCAAUUUUAUAUUCUGAUUUGCAGAUUGCAAUUCUGCUUGCACAAUGCAGCGAAAUAGAUGUUAAUUGGAAAGACGCAAAUGGUUGUUCAGCACUUCUUUUUGCAACAACUAACCAUUGCUAUAAAGUUGUUAAGGCUCUUGUUUGCAAUCCAAGGGUGGAUAUUAAUACUUUCGAUAAUAGCCAAUGGACUUGUUUGCAUCGUUUAGUUUCGGAUAGAGCAACUGAGAUGAUAAAGUUUAUUUGCUCAUUGAAUGGAUUCGAUGUAAAUGUAAGGGAUAUUAAUGGAAUAUCUGCUUUUGAUUUAGCAAAAUCGAUGGAUUACAAAGAUGCAAUGGAUAUUAUUUCAAAAUCACCCGGAUUUAAUCAUAUGAAAUAG